UGAACGGGCUGAGCCACCCGCCCGGCGCCAUCGCCAUGAAGGACCACGACGCCAUCAAGCUCUUCGUGGGGCAGAUCCCGCGCAACCUGGAGGAGAGCGACCUCAAGCCGCUCUUCGAGGAGUUCGGCCGCAUCUACGAGCUCACCGUGCUGAAGGACCGCUUCACCGGCAUGCACAAAGGCUGUGCCUUUCUCACCUACUGCGCCCGUGACUCGGCCCUGAAGGCACAGAGUGCUCUGCAUGAGCAGAAGACACUGCCAGGGAUGAACCGCCCCAUACAGGUGAAGCCGGCGGACAGCGAGGGACGAGGAGAAGACAGGAAGCUCUUUGUGGGCAUGCUGGGGAAGCAGCAGAGCGAGGAUGAUGUCCGGCGCCUCUUUGAACCCUUCGGACAGAUCGAGGAAUGCACCAUCCUGCGUGGGCCCGAUGGGGCGAGCAAAGGUUGUGCCUUUGUGAAGUACAGCAGCCAUGCCGAGGCACAAGCCGCCAUCAGCAGCCUGCACGGCAGCCAGACCAUGCCGGGCGCCUCAUCCAGCCUGGUGGUGAAGUUUGCGGACACGGACAAGGAGAGGACCCUGCGGCGGAUGCACCAGAUGGCGGGGCAGCUGGGCAUUUUCAACCCCAUGACCAUCCAGUUUGGCGCCUACGGGGCCUACACACAGGCGAUCAUGCAGCAGCAGGCGGCCCUGAUGGCAGCGGCGCAGGGGACCUGCCUGAACCCCAUGGCCGCCAUUGCUGCUGCCCAGAUGCAGCAGAUGGCCGCCUUCAACGUCAGCGGGCUGGUGGCCGCUCCCCUCACCCCCUCUUCAGGUACCAGCACCCCGCCUGGCAUCAGCACGGCGCCCGUGCCCAGCAUCGCCACACCUAUUGGCGUGAAUGGCUUCAGCCCGCUGCCGCCGCAGACUAACGGGCAGCCCACCUCCGAGACCAUCUACACCAACGGCAUCCACCCCUACCCAGCUCAAAGCCCCACAGUGGCAGAUCCCCUCCAGCAAGCCUACGCGGGCAUGCAGCACUAUGCAGCAGCAUAUCCCACUGCCUACGCACCCAUCAGCCAAGCCUUCCCCCAGCAAGCGCCCAUCAUCCCGCAGCAGCAGCGAGAAGGUCCCGAGGGCUGUAACCUGUUUAUUUAUCACCUGCCCCAGGAGUUCGGGGAUGCGGAGCUCACACAGAUGUUCUUGCCUUUUGGCAAUGUCAUCUCUGCCAAAGUUUUUGUGGAUCGUGCCACCAACCAGAGCAAGUGCUUUGGUUUCGUCAGUUUUGACAAUCCGACCAGCGCUCAGGCAGCCAUUCAGGCCAUGAACGGCUUCCAGAUCGGCAUGAAAAGGCUAAAAGUCCAGCUAAAGCGGCCGAAAGAUGCCAACAGACCCUACUGACCCCUGACACCCUGGCCCUGCAGAGAGGUCGGGCGUCCCGCGGUGUCUGCCGACUUCCCCCUUCCCCAAGUGCAGUAUCCAAACCCGUAACUCUCUUUCUUUGCAACAUAUCCCGGAGGAGGAGGAAGGAGAAGAGGAAGACUUGAUGGA